ACAGAAUAUGACGUCAAUAGACCAACAUAGAACUCUUUGCUCUCAACGUUGCCAUGUCUAAUCCAAGUUAAGUUGAAAGAUUUUGUCGCCCAGGAUAGAUGCGGAGAUGCAUUUCUUCCGCUCUGAGUAAUUCAUAGCAGACAUUGAUACUUGAGCAAUAUAAAGAAAAAUCUUCCCCGUAAUUAUGUCACAUAAUUACGGUGAAGAUUUUAAUGUGGCUCAAGAAGUCAGGAGCCAAGUACGCUCCUGUAAUUCAAUGGUUAAUAGAUUACCCUGGUGGACCAGGAUUUACUGGGAAAUAUGCUUUUACCUAACAUCCAGACCAUCUGCAAGUCGGGUGAUUUGCGGGGAUCAGACAGUCAGGCAUCACCAUGCAUAGGCGCAGGAAAAUGGCGAGGUGUUGCUGUCUGCCCCUGCUCUUGUUACCAAGAAAUCAUAGCCCGGAAACUUAAGGGGAGCACACUUAGCAAGUACCGCCCAGCUCCCACUUUAUGAAAAGGACCCCUACGGAAGGUCAAAUCAAGGACCUACAAAAGUCAUGGUCAACAUUUGACCAAACGAUAGGGGACUGUAGUAUCUUUUCUCUCUUAUUUUUUUUUUUCUUUCUCUUUAAUUUGAUUCGAUAGGUUAAGGAAAAUGACAGUAUUUAAUUUAUUAUGAAAGUAAUAAUCUACUCUAAAUCAUAAAAAAUAAAAUAAUAAAAAAUAGAAAAAAAUCUUCCUGUUCGGAGCAGCACUCUUGCUACCUCUUAUCCAAGUACGAAGCUUCUGUCCUUUCAGGCUUUGUUAAAUGAGGGAAUAAACUAAGAAAACUUACGCUUAGGAAUUCUUUUUCAUAGCUUCAAUAAGAGCCCAAUCCUUUCUCUAGCCGGAAGUUUCUUGGUUCCGGGACGAACUCCACCGCAUCUUUCCCAUGCCGGUUCUUCUUCUCGACUCCAUCUUCCCCCUCAGUGUCCAUACUCCUCUCGAGUAUUCUGUUUUUGGGUCAACAUUGACAAUUGGAGCAAUGGUUGGAGCAGUACCGAGCGGGAGGGUUGCAGAUCUACUUGGUCGAAGGGGUGCUAUGUGGUUAUCAGAACUGUUCUGCAUCACGGGGUGGCUUUCGAUAUUGUUUGCAAAGGGUGCCUGGUGGCUUGACGCGGGAAGACUACUUAUGGGCUGUGGAAUUGGGCUUCUCUCUUAUGUGGUACCUGUAUAUGUUGCAGAAAUAGCCCCCAAGAACGUUAGAGGAGUAUACACAUCUCUUAAUCAGUUGAUGAUUGGUCUUGGGAAAGCAUUCAUGUUUCUCAUUGGUUCUCUUGUCAGCUGGCGCGUUCUAGCUUUGAUAGGAACUCUUCCAUGUCUGCUACAGCUUCUUGGUUUAUUUUUCAUUCCUGAAUCUCCUAGGUGGCUGGCAAAAGUUGGUAGAGAAAAAGAAUUUGAAGCAGCUCUCCAGCGUCUGAGAGGCAAGAAUGCAAAUAUCUCUCAGGAGGCAUCGGAUAUUAAAGACUAUAUGGAACACCUCCGUCGCAUGUCUGAGGAUGGAAUUACAGAACUUCUCCAGGCGAAAUAUGCUUAUCCAUUAAUUGUUGGAGUUGGGCUGAUGAUAAUUCAGCAAUGUGGAGGCCUGAAUGGUUUUGUGUUCUAUACAAGUGUCAUCUUUGAAGCAGCUGGUUUUUCAACAACAAUAGGAACCGUAAUAGCAGCUGUUGUGCAGAUUCUAAGUACAACGUUGGGAGUACUACUGAUAGACAAGUCUGGAAGACGCCCACUUCUACUGGUAUCUGCAGCUGGAGGGUGCUUGGGAUGUGUUUUCACAGGAUUGUCGUUCUUCUUGCAGGACCUUCACAGCGGAGCGGAGCUCGUUUCCAGUUUGGUGCUUGUUGGAGUUUUGGUAUUUCUAGGCUCUUUUGAACUCGGGAUGGGAGGAAUUCCUUGGAUUAUAAUGUCGGAGAUAUUCCCGAUAAAUGUAAAGGGCUCAGCUGGAAGCUUUGUUAACUUGGUCAGCUGGGUAGGAUCUUGGUUUGUCUCAUAUACUUUCAGUUACUUGUUUGAAUGGAGCUCAGCAGGGACGUUCUUUAUAUACGCGGGCAUUUGUGCAGUCGGUGUUAUAUUUAUCGCAAAACUUGUGCCUGAGACUAAGGGGCGGACGCUGGAAGAAAUACAUGCCUCCAUCACCGAUAAGAAUGACAAUAAUUUGUCAUGAAAAUAGGAGCUUUGUGUGGGGUAUACUUUGUGUAAUCAUAUCCAAAUACGGAACAUCCUGGCAAGUUUUGAUGAGAAGAUCCCUUAGCUGGGGUAGUGAAUCAAAGGAUGAGCUUUUAGAGAGUACGGAAGAUAAAAUACGAGAGAGACAUGGUUGAAUCAAGGAGUGUAAAUACAAAAGGAGAGCUGUAAUUGUCUGUAAAAUCUAUACAGACUAUUUCAUCCCUUUGCUUUAAGCAUUAUCUGGUUUGGCAUUAA